AUGACACUCCGAAAAGGAGAGAAAAUGACCAUAAGUAUCCAGGAGCACAUGGCUAUUGACGUCUGCCCCGGCCCCAUCAAACCCAUCAAGCAGAUCUCCGACUACUUCCCCCGCUUCCCCCGCGGGCUCCCCGCCGCCGUCGGCCGCAGCAGCACCCUGCGCUCCGCCGUCAGCCAGCCCUCCGUCAGCCCCGCCGAGGCCCCCCGUGAAGAGGACGAGGACGUGGACCAGCUUUUCGGGGCGUAUGGCACGACACCCGCCGAGCAGCCGGCCAAGUACCAAGCACCUGAGGAGGUGGUGGACCCUGAGGGCUACGAGUCCGACGACUGCACCACGCUGGGGACGCUGGAUUUCAGCUUGCUCUAUGAUCAAGAAAACAACGCUCUCCACUGCACGAUCAAUAAAGCCAAGGGCCUGAAGCCGAUGGACCAUAAUGGUUUGGCCGAUCCGUACGUCAAAUUGCACUUGCUUCCCGGAGCCAGUAAGGCGAAUAAGCUGAGAACCAAAACGCUGCGCAACACGCUGAACCCCACCUGGAACGAGACGCUCACCUACUACGGCAUCACCGACGAGGACAUGAUCCGCAAGACCCUGCGGAUCUCGGUCUGCGAUGAGGACAAGUUCCGCCACAACGAGUUCAUUGGGGAGACGCGGAUCCCGCUGAAGAAACUGAAGCCCAACCAGACCAAAAACUUCAACAUCUGCCUGGAGAAGCAGCUGCCGAUAGAUAAAACAGAGGACAAGUCGCUGGAGGAGCGCGGCCGGAUCCUCAUCUCCCUCAAGUACAGCUCGCAGAAGCAGGGGCUGCUGGUGGGCAUCAUCCGCUGCGCCCACCUGGCCGCCAUGGACGCCAAUGGCUACUCCGACCCCUACGUCAAAACUUACUUGAAACCAGAUGAGGACAAGAAAUCAAAGCAUAAGACAGCGGUGAAGAAGAAGACGCUGAACCCCGAGUUCAAUGAGGAGUUUUGCUAUGAGAUAAAGCACGGCGACCUGGCGAAAAAGACCUUGGAAGUCACAGUGUGGGACUACGAUAUUGGGAAAUCAAACGAUUUCAUAGGUGGAGUCGUGUUAGGAAUUAAUGCCAAAGGCGAGCGGCUGAAGCACUGGUUCGACUGCCUGAAAAACAAGGACAAGAAAAUCGAGCGCUGGCACACACUAACGAACGAGCUGCCGGGGGCUGUCCUCAGCGACUGAGCACCAUGGGGCUGCUCCCCGGGCGGGCACAGCUCUGCCGGCCACAGCCUUUGGACUUCUCUCGUUUACGGCUUUGGAUACGGGGGAUCGUGGUACCGGGGCAGCCGGGAGAGCGGAACACCCCACG